CCGGGUACUGACUAAUACAGGGGGGUGGGGAAGGCUGGGUUCGUUGGGUGGAGGAUUAGCACACCUCCCGCAUCCUUGUGGUCCGCACAGAGCGCACGGGGGUCUGUGUUUUAAGCCGCAGCAGAGGUGGAGGGGGCAUAUUUCUGAUUUCCCGAGCAGCAUCAGCAGCAGUCUGAUGGUUCGUUGCGCUCAGAGAGGAGCGGGGAGGAUGCAGAGGAGGGAGAGACGGAGAGAAACCCGGUGAUAUGGUGACACAUGGCUGUCUGGACCGCCUGCACGCUGUGACUGUGGCUGCAGCUUUCCGUGCACCGGGAAACGGGAGAGGCUGGGAUGCGGAGAGACGCUGCGGGGGGCUGCCGCAACUGCCGACCAAGAUCAACCAAACAAGCGAGCAAACGUAGGCUGUAGACCGCUGAUCGGGUAUCCUGCUGUUCUGACUUUAGGCCAAGGCUACAGUGUGUCUGAGGACUUUUGUCCCUGCCGCGCCGCCGUAGAGAUGGGAGAAAACAUGUCAAAGCGACUGAAGCUGAUCUCGGCUACAGACGCAGAGAUGGAGGAGCGCUCUUUUCCAAACCCGUACCCCGACUGGGACCAAGGAGUCCUCACCUCCAACUCCGGAGCAGACGUAGGUUACAAUGAGCCACUUGACGCAGAGGGAAAGGUAAGCACGGCCUUCCAGAAUAAGGUCCAGAAUAAGAUCAAAGAUCUCCUCCAGCAGAUGGAGGAGGGCCUAAAGACUGCUGACCCCCAUGACUUCUCCACUUACACUGGCUGGACAGGCAUUGCCUUGCUGUAUCUGCAGCUGCACCGGGUGUCCAAUGAGGCCUCCCACCUGCAGAGGGCGCUGGACUAUGUCAAGAGGACCAUGAGGAUCCUGAAUGGCCGCAAAGUGACAUUCCUGUGUGGUGAUGCAGGACCACUGGCAGUGGGCGCAGUGGUUCACCACAAACUCAACAACACUGCCGACAGCAGAGACUGUCUUUCCAGACUUCUACAACUGCAGCGGUCAGUGCUGAGUGUAGACUCGGAGAUGCCAGAUGAGCUUCUGUAUGGCCGGGCCGGCUACCUUUAUGCUCUGCUAUACAUUAACAAGGAGAUAGGAGCUGACACGGUGGAUGAGGGCACCAUCACAAAGGUGGUGACAGCCAUCAUCGAAUCAGGGAAGAACAUGUCAGCGGAACAGAAGAAGAUGGAUCGCUGUCCUCUGCUCUAUGAAUGGCACAAGAAGCAGUACAUUGGAGCUGCCCAUGGCAUGGCUGGCAUCUAUUAUAUGCUUAUGCAGCCAGGAGCGAAGGUCCAGCCAGACAUGCUGUCAGAGGUGGUUCGUCCCAGCAUCGACUAUGUCCGCCACAAGAGGUUUCGUUCAGGGAACUUCCCAUCAUCUCUGAGCAACGAGAGUGACCGGCUGGUUCACUGGUGCCACGGAGCGCCUGGUGUUAUCCAUAUGCUUCUUAUGGCUCAUAAGGUGUUUAAGGAGGAGAAGUACUUAAAGGAAGCGAUAGAAUGUGCUGACGUGAUCUGGCAGCGUGGCCUGCUAAGGAAAGGCUACGGUAUCUGCCACGGCACUGCUGGCAAUGGCUAUGCCUUCCUGUCCCUUUACAAGGUCACCCAGGACAAGAAAUACCUGUACCGUGCCUGCAAGUUUGCUGAGUGGUGUUUGGGCUACGGCACCCAUGGCUGUCGCAUCCCAGACAGACCCUACUCUCUUUUUGAAGGUAUGGCGGGGGCCAUCCACUACCUUUCGGAGAUGGAAAAGCCUGAGGAGUCCUGUUUCCCUGCCUUUGAACUUGUACCUGUCAACUGAUGGGACUGAGGAUGAUGAAGAGGGUGGGGGCAACCUCUUCUCCAAGCCACCUGAGUUUUUACUUGAACAUUGGAUAAGGAUGCGUUUGUGUUACAGCUUUCAAUCUUCAGAUCAGGCUGGAGAUGAGUAAAGUGAGAGUAAUUGAUCAGUGUUUGUGAAGUAAAUGUAUGGUUUGGUUUUUGAAAUGUAAGAAAUAGCCAAAAAGAUGAAGGAAGUAUUAUUUUUGGUCCUAAUAUUGCUGGUUCUCUUCCUGAGGAGGGUCACUUUGUGUCGUCCUCCUCCAAUGUAAGGUGUUAGAUUUAAGACGAGGACCCAUACCCCUGCCUCACUCAUUACAAUGUAUUGCCAGCUGGACACACCCUAAUUCUCCAGCCUUUAAUAUUGUAGCAUCCCGGCCAAGAAAGAGUGCGUGUGUGCGUGCGUGCGUGUGAGAGAAGUCAACCGAAGCCAAUUUUGGCAAAUCUACGCCACUGCAUGCUCACUGUAACUGGCUCGUGGUGCCUCAUAAUUGAUUAAUGUAGUGAUUUCCUCUGCUUGCAUUUAUAGGUGUGCUGUUGCAGUUCUCCAGGUAUUUGUCACAUAGUGGAAAAAAGGUCUCUCUCUCCCCUGUCGUUCAUUUCAUUAAGAAGUCUAAACUAGUUCCUUACUGCUUUUGUGAAAAUGGCUAAUAUAUCAGUUAAGUCAAAUUUAAAUUUGUUUUCUUUUUAAUCUUUGUUAGAAAUGGUAAUACUGUAUAGCUUUUUUCAGCAAGUCUACUGUAUGUCCAGUGGUAGCUAUCAAUCUACUCUCUAUUCCGUUAAUGCUGACAGGACCUAUAGUGCUGUUAAGUUCAUAUCUCACUUGUAAAGUGGACAAAUGAAACUGUACAGUGCUUCUUUCCCAAAGCCACAAUCUAGGUAGCUAGUUAUCUGCUGUAGAUAGCUUGGUUAAGUUGCUUACCAUUUCAAACAGUGUAAGUCACCAACUUUUUUUUUUUUUUUUUUUUUACCAGUGCUUAAUGACUUGAAAUAAAAGUUAGAGUACUGUGCUAAAAAGAUUUUUUUCUUAAGCAUUGGUUAUUUAGCUUUGUUUUGUAUUGAGAGAAUGACUGCUGAGACCAUUAGCUUGCACUACACACUGGCUUUUAGUUGGGUAUCAAAACAUAAAUCAGUAUCUCCCCACAUGGAUUUGGGUACAAUAUACUAUGGUACCUGUUGGUGGAACAAAAAAGGCUUCUUAAAAUGUGGCCACUUUUGUCAGCUAAAGUUCACUGCAUCGUGUUGAUGCUGGCCUUGAACCUUCCCCACUACACCAUGUGUAAAUCCUGUUUUAUCUUCUAACUGUCCCUCAGUUUUAGUUCCUCAGUUCACCUGUGACCUACUACUGCAUUAAUGUACAAAAAGGGCGUAAAUUCAGACAAACUGCUGUGCACUUUAUUGUAUUUCUGAACAGAUACGGAACUGAACGUGGAGGUGGCGCAGCAUAAAUGCCUAGGUGUAUGUAUUUGUGGCUUAGAUUAGCUGGUGCAAACCUGAUACCUGAGGAGAGAGAGAGAGAGAGAACUGUUUGAACAGUUACACCCCCAACGCUACUGUUUUAUCUACCAUCUAUAAACAAGACCAUAUAGGUUCAGGCACCAUCUGAGUUCAGUAUCCUGUUAGAGCUAAGCUUAAAAAAAGGUUUGAAUACUAGUAGUCAGUCCACUUGCUGAAUACAUAAAUGCAUUAAAACAUUUCCUGUUGAUGGCAGUUUGUAAAAAAGGUUAUCGGAGACAACUGCAGCUAAAACAUUUCUGGCAUGUGUGCAGUUGCUUUGCAGUGAGAAAGUUGAAUUGACGUAUAUAUCAAUAUAUUAAUGUUUUAACAAAACAUACUCCAAUUUUAGCAUGCAUGUUAAAAUUGGAAUUGGUGCACUCGCUUUUAAAUGUUUUCAAAGCAAUACAAAAUUAAAGUUGACUAUUAAAUAACUGAGGUUAUUACUUUUACAGUGCUUUUUUUUUUUUUUUUUUUAAUUAUACUGCUCUGAGGCAGUUGACUCAGUUUAGUCCAAUCAGCGCUCAUGUCAGUUUUAGGCAAAGCUAUAAUACAACCCUGAGUUUAAAUGGUAGCCAUGGUUUGUGUUUCAAUAUGGACCUGAAAUAGUACCUGUUCAGUAAGUAUCUAAAAAUUCCGACAGCACACGAAUGCACAUAAAUGCCUUUUCCCCGAAAGUCUUGUUAUGAUUGUCACUGCAUGAGGAGAAUGUCAUCAUGUAAAACUGUGUGUUGUUCUGUUCGUGCAAGUCCAGACUCACUGGUCCUUUUUAUUGUGUUUGGUACUGGUUUGUAUCUUGGUCACAGCAGCAAGGACUCUGGCCAUUAGUGGAGACAUGUUCAGUGUUUCACCUUGAUCCCUGUCUGUGCAUUUGAUUUUCCCCUCAGCCCAGUUGGUGUCAAGAUAUGAAUGUAUGUCUUCAUUUUUCUUCAUUAAACUCCUGUGCUUCAGUGACAGCGCAGUA